AUGAUGUUGAAAACGCAAACGACCGAUAAAAAACGUUUCUCGCACAAACGCCUCCUAAGGCUCUUCGUCAAGAGCUUGAAACAGAACACGUCGGCGCUUAAAGACCUGAAACUGUCAAUGGACUCGAACUACGCACGAAACGUCCAGAAAGAUAGCGAAAGAAUGAUCGAGUUGGCGAACUCCGUCAACGAGAAGCUAGACGUCGUCCACAAGCUGCGGAACGACAUCAAGAUAUAUCGAACGAUAAACACGGUGCUGACGAAUCACUACGUGAAACAGACCAGAGACCACGAGAACACUGUAGACAACAAAAUCGUCCAGCUCAAGGAGCAGAUCAAGAGGUCCUACGACGACCUGAGAACGGAGAUAUCCAAGAUGGUGCAGCAGAAAAGCAUUGGACACGAAUCGAAGAUCACCGCACCGAUUCACAACAGCACCGUAUACGUGGUAGGGAACGAUCUCAAAUGCAACCGGUACAACGAAUUCCACCUCAGGAACGAGAUCUACAACAAUAUUAUAAGGAAGAUAGACAAGCUGUUCUGCGGAAUGGCGUACCAGGACAGGAUUAAGGAGGAGGAGCAGAAAGAGGCGGAGUCUGCGCGUUUGGAGGAGAUACUGAACAUGUGCGCGGAGUAUGAGAGGCAGAUCGCCACAGGUAAUCCCAUAACACCAACCGAGAAGAGGUCACACAACAAAAUAAUUACAAACGGCUCGCUGCCACGCAGUGUUACCCUCAACAAUCCCAACUUCAUACAGACCAGUGAAGGGUACUAUAAAUUCGACACUAGCCACAACCGAAACGCGCCUACCACCGACAACUCGCUGCAGAGGAACCUCUCAAGCUACGAGAAUUUCGACGGCGCGCAUUCCCCUACCCGCAUUGAGCAGCUGACGCCCGAAGUGACAAUAGGCCACUACGAAAACGUGGGCCGAAUGGACGAGAUCGGGAUUCCCGUCUUCGACGACGACUUCAGCGAAGUCCCCAGCCCGAUACUGCUGAGGAGGAACGGGGAGCGGCUGACUUCGUCCCCGAUCGGAAGCCCCUACGAGAACAUUUAUUCAAAGAGCAACACCAACGCGAACCUCAAGCCGAAAUCGCCGAAAACUCAAAGCCCCCGGAGUAGGAUAAAGACGACAUUCGCUCACAAGAAUCUCGCGUCGCCCCAGUACUUUGUUUUCCCGACGCCGCCGCCGAACAACACGCAACCGAGCUUCGAAACGGAAAAAGGCACCAACAACGAUUCCCCAGUACCUGACAAUACGAACAGCCCCAAAUGCGGCGGUAUCGAGAAGCAGUUGAGCCUGGAGGAGGAAAUACCGAUGAUAGAUGACAGCGAUUUGACCAACGACUUGGAGUUCAGAUAUUCGAGGGUGUUCAGCGAGAAGAACGAGGAAGAAGACAAAGCUAGCCAGCAGAAGGAGAGCGAAGAUCCUAGUCCUCUAGACGAAUACCUAAUCGAGAAGACGUUGAUAAAAAAUCAAAGUUUUGACGACGUCAAGAAAGAGUUGAUGGCGGACAUACCAGAGUUGGAGGAGUUCGAGAAAGACCUUAAGCAGAACAAACGGGAGAAGAUCAUAAAGAACUUAACGGAGGACAUGAAGAGGAUGGAUUUCGAAGCGAGCUCUAUCGACAGUGCUGUUCUAGAUGAUAAUGUUGACGAUUUGAAAUCUAAAUACGACACUUUGAAAGAGGAAAGGAAGAAGUUGGUCGCGGAAAUUCACGAGAUCAAAUGUAAGAUGUCGGAAAUAAGAUCUCAAGAGGACGACAUUUUACGAGAGUUGGAAAUGGAGAAGGCUCUCAUCAAAGGCGAAUAUGACUCGGAGAUAGCAAUACUAAACAUUGAGCAGAGGAAAAAAACGGAGUUAAUCGAAAAUGCGCAGAAGAUUGAAGAAGAGAUCAAGCAGCUGAAAGAGAAGCAAGAGAUACGACAGAACGAGAUAAGAGAUAGAGUUGAAAUCGCUACUACUAAAGUAGAACGGAUUGAAAAGGACCUAAAAGAAAACGCAGCCACGAUGGAAGAAUUACAGAACGCGCAAGACAUAUUGGAUAACGAAACGAAAAUCUUCGAAGAUUUGGAGUUCCAGCAUUUAGAGGAGGAAUCCGAAUUACUGGCGAACAGGGAAGACCUGCAAAACGAAAUAAUGAACCUCACUAAGAAGAUAGACGCGCAGAAGAGCAGAAUACUGACCCUGAAGUCCGAAGCCAACAACAACUUGACGUCGGCGCUGGACGAGACCAAGAUCCUGCAGGCGGAGUACGUGCGCCUCCUGAACAGAGUGGAGACGCUGACGGGGAGGGUCCAGGGCGUCGAGCGGGAACUGAAACCCUUGGUGGCGAAGCUGAACGAGAUCGAGAGAACCCAGUCGCCCGACAGCGCGUUCUACACCGACCAGACCAGAGCCAAGUCCGGCGAGUUCGGUUAUUCCCCGCAGACUUCGGACAGCGAUGAUACGGACAAAAUGUCCGGCUACGAGGACCAUGCGAAGAUUACCAGCGAGAGGUUCAACGCGAUCGAUCGGAUGUCGCAGUCGAUGUUCGUGGACAUCGAGAGGCGGGCCGGUGGGGUCGAGGAUGUUCAGACAGAGAGCCGCCUCAGCGAAAGCCCGUCGAAGUCUUCCACUUCCUCGAAGGGGAAGAAGGGAUUUUGGGAGAGGAACUUCGAUUCGCUGAAGCGGAGGGGCGCUCGCGAGAAGAAACAGUCGCCCGAGAAAGCGGACCCGAUGUCUCAGAGCUUCAACGAGAAUCUGCUCUUGAACGGCGACACCAUCGAGGCGGAAUUCCCUCGAGACAGGUUCAACAGUCUACGCGCCAAGAAGUCUGACAGCAAAAACGCCAACGCGGCCAAGAGUGUCUCCAAGAUCCCGACCCUCGCCGCCCUGGGGAAGAUAAUCAAGAAGGACUCCUUCAGCAGGAGGGCGAAGGAGAGUACCGCCAAAGCGGAAGAAGCCGACAAAGAGGCCGCGAAAAGCCGCUACGUGAAGAACGGCAAGCCGGCCAGCGGCGACAACAAGUACUCCAAAGCGAGGACCUCGACGCCGGAGAAGAGAGGCGCUGACAUUAAAGAGGAGACAGCGGAUGACGUGAGAGAGGAGCUAUCCAAAUCGAGCGUCACCUUCGAGAGGAGUGAGACCCGUGACGUCACACCGCCCAAGGCCCUCCACAGGAAGAGCUGCGGCGACGAGCCGAGUAGAAGCGGUCCAGAGUUCCGAAGGUCGCCCGACUCGGCGAAAGCGCCCUCGCAGGACGACAUCGACCGGAUCUCCAGGGUGACGAUGGACGCCCCGAUCCUCGGCAGCGGGGCGGACAUGAGCUCGCUGGGCAAGCGCACCCUGGACAGCCUCAUGGAGAUCGAGAGGAAACGGAUCGAGAUGCUGGAAGAACAAGGGUGCCAAGUGAUAGAGAACGAGCGCGAGAAGAUAUCGGCCUUAAAGCGGCGGGCCCAGGACGAAACCAGGCGGCUCUGGGACCAGAAGAACCGGGACCUGGCCCGCUCCCUGGACAGUGACGGACUGGACGGCUCCCAGGAUCUGGGCGCGCAGACCCUCGACGCCACCAGCUCCACCGCAUACGACGAGAGUUCGGGAUUCUUGUCGUCGUCCAUUGAAGAGCUUCAGGCCCGUAACUCGCGCACCGAAUCGACCGAAGACGACAAGCGCAGCGACGAUAGCCGACCCCUCAGUCAUGCCUCCGACUUUAGCAGGGACAACAUACUAUCGCUCAGCAAUGCACCUCGGCGCAGCCGUCGAGGAGUCGCCCCUGCCCAGGAGUGGCAGCGACCCCUCACGAGAUACUUACCCGUCGACCGAGACGACUUCGACCUUCGCAGACAUGUGGAAUCCGCUGGCCACCAAAUCGAGUUGUGCCCCUACGUGACGAUCAACUCGACGUCGUGUCGUGGAUACCUGCACAAACUCGGAGCAAAGUUCCACACCUGGUCCAAAAGGUGGUUCGUUUUCGACCGGGAGACGAAAACGUUCGUCUACUACUGGGACAAGAGCGAGAAGAAGCCGCGGGGUGGCGCGUACUUCCAGGUGAUCGAGGAAGUGUAUCUGGACCACGGGAACACUUCCCGGUCGCCAAGCCCUCAGACGACGUUCAUAGUGAAGACCCGCCAGAGGCGGUACUACUUGAUGGCCCCCUCGGGAGAGGCCGCUCGGGUAUGGAUCGACGUUGUGUUCACUGGCGCCCAGGGUUACACGGAAUACCUGGAG